AUGGGCAACCACGCGCUCAUAUACGGUGCCUCUGGAAUCUCGGGGUGGGCGAUUGUCAAUGCCAUACUCAGCGGCUACCCGUCCAAGGAUGCCUUCUCCAGGGUCACAGCCAUGGUCAACCGGCCCUUGACACGGGAAAUGGCGCUCUGGCCUGAUGACCCCAGACUGCAAAUCGUAUCUGGGGUUGAUCUCCUCAAAGGCAGUCAAGAGGAGCUGGAAACGCAGAUCAAAGAGAAGGUUAAAGAUGUUGACACGGUGACUCAAGUGUACUUUUAUUCAUACAAGCAGAUAGAUGAUCCCGAGUCGGAAUGCAAGACCAACGAAGGAAUGCUGGAGCGCGCCGUCACUGCAAUUGACCAUUUGUCUUCAAACCUCUCAUACGUAGUUCUUCCCACUGGCAGCAAGAUCUAUGGCUGCCAAAUGCUGGACAAGUUUCCAUUUGCAAAUGACCUCCCGUUGAAGGAGACGUUACCGCCUAUCCCCGAGCCAUAUCUCUCGCAGCUCUUUUACUACAACCAAAUUGACUGUCUGAAGCGCAUAUCCAAAGGAAAGAAGUGGAGCUGGUGUGAAGUGCGGCCUGACAACAUUAUUGGAUUUGUACCGAACAACAACGCCUAUUGUCUUGCGCAGACGCUGGCUUUGUAUCUUUCGCUGUACCGGUUCGUUGAAGGCUCCGGCGCCAAAUGUCCGUUCCCUGGAAACGACAAGUCAUGGGUAAACCUGUACAACGAGGCUCCGCAGGACAUGGUAGCGCACUUUUCCAUCCACGCGUCACUGCAUCCCGACAAGACGGCAUCGCAGAGCUUCAACGUCGGCGGCCAGGAAGACAGCUGGAGCGGGAAAUGGCCGAUUAUCUGCGACUACUUUGGCCUCAAGGGAACGGGGCCUGAAGAGGGCUCGCCUCAGCCAGGGGCGUACAUUGAUGCACACAAGGACCGCUGGCAAGAACUGGAGAAGAAGCACGGCCUCAAGCAGGGAAGCAUUGACAGCGACAUUACGCAUCCAGGGUUCCAGUACUUCAUCAUGAGCAUGUUUGAUUUUGACCGGCAGAUGAGCAUGGAGGCGUCGCACAAAGUCGGGUAUACAGAGGAGAUUGGCACGACCGACACAUGGACGAUUGCAUUCGACCGGAUGAGAAAGGCGAGGGUUAUACCGUACGUGGGAGGUCCGCGACACAGGGCCGUCCUCAGGGGCGUCGCCGUGAUUGCUGUUGCGUGUCUGCUGAUUCCCAUUUACCUGGGCUUGCUCCAUAAAAAGCCACACAUGGACCGUCGCAUUCCGCUGCGCAUACUCCCGCUCGGCGACUCGAUAACAUGGGGCUGGCACCCGGAAAGCCAGCAGAACGGUACCAACGGCUAUCGCGCCCAGCUCCUGCGAAGCCUCGUGCUCAAGUGGUACCCCGUCGUCGACUUUGUCGGCACACAGCACUCGGGCCUCAUGUUCGACAACGACAAUGAGGGACACGUGGGCGCCGUGAUUCGUGACAUCAGGGGCAAGAUGAAGGCUGGGCUGGAAAUGCGCCCCAACAUUGUCUUGGUGCAUGCCGGCACGAGUGACUUGGAGCAUGCGGAUAGUGCCACGGCGAGCGAGGUGCCCGCGCAAUUAGAAGGCCUUAUAGACGAUGUCUUGGAGACGUGUCCGGACGCCGUGGUGCUUGUUGCGAAGAUUAUUCAGGCGGCGAAGCCAGGCAUGCAUGACAAGAUCAAAGCCUUCAACCGCGCAAUACCGGCCAUUGUGAGGAAGAAGAUGGACAACGGGUUCAAGGUUAGGGCCGUCGACCUGAGCGUCGUGGGGACGAGCGAUCUGAGUGACGGCUUGCAUCCAUCGUAUGCUGGGUAUGCACGCAUGGGCUCCAUCUGGGCCGAAGCUGUCCAUGCUGCCGGCUAUGCAGGCCUGGUCACCGCGCCUGUUGAUCCUAAGAUCAGUAAUGUUUAAUUCAUGUAGUUUUGCCGCCAUUUCUGCAUGUGU